CUCCGAGCCGGCUCACGUGAUCUAGGGGCGGAGCCACAAUGCGUCGGCGCCAUGGCGGGCUUGGUUGACUUCCAGGACGAGGAGCAGGUGAAGUCCUUCCUGGAGAACAUGAAGGUGGAGUGCCACUACCAGUGCUACCGCGAAAAGGACCCGGAGGGUUGCUAUCGGCUGGUGGACUAUCUCGAAGGAAUCCAGAAGAAUUUUGAUCAAGCUGCCAAGGUGCUGAAGUUCAACUGUGAGGACAACGGGCACAGUGACAGCUGCUACAAACUGGGGGCCUAUUACACGACAGGGAAAGGGGGUCUGACUCAGGACCUAAAGGCUGCCUCUGCCUGCUUUCUGAUGGCCUGUGAGAAACCAGGAAAGAAGUCUGUGGAAUCCUGCCACAAUGUUGGACUCCUGGCACAUGAUGGACAGGUCAAUGAGGAUGGCCAGCCUGACCUGAGGAAGGCCAGGGACUACUACACCAGGGCCUGUGACAGUGGCUAUGCAGCCAGCUGCUUCAACCUCAGUGCCAUGUUUCUACAGGGUGCCCCUGGCUUUCCCAAGGACAUGGGUCUGGCCUGUAAAUAUUCAGUGAAGGCCUGUGACCUGGGCCAUGUCUGGGCCUGCGCCAAUGCCAGCCGCAUGUACAAACUGGGGGAUGGUGUUGAUAAGGACGAGGCCAAAGCUGAAGUACUGAAAAAUAGGGCCAAGCAACUGCACAAAGAACAGCAGAAAAAUGUCCAGCCUUUAACGUUUGGGUAAUGUGUGGCCUACUCUCCCUUCCAAGCAACAGACAGCUUGAUACUGGCACCUCUUCUUUGAGGUCAGUCAGUGCCAUCUGCUCUAGAGUGUCACCUGCUGGGAGUGGCCGGAAAUAUGUAUUUUAGUAAAUAAUCCUUUGUGUUAUUCUGUAAAGACACCUACGUUUUGAGGGGGGGGACUCUUAAUUUCAAAACUGGAUCUCUGUAAAAUAGGAGUAAUCUGUAGAGACUUUGGGAGGCUGGGGAGAUGAAGAAAAGUUUGGAAACUCAGCAGCCACAAGCCUAAAAGAAUCAGCCAUCAUUAUCAUUUUAGUGGAAAGGCUCGAGAAUUAGAAAGUAUCCUAAUUUGCAUAACAGAGGUCUUAGAACAGCGAGGCAGUCACGACUGCCGCCCUCCGCCUUAUGUAACCUAGCCGCUGUGCGGGCUCCCUGCCUUCCCCGCAGACCGUUCUACAGAUCAGGAUCCGGAGCCGAGAUCCGCAUGAAAGUUGAAGGUGGUUAUGUUAUGCCUUGUACUUGCCACAAGACGUUUGCAGUUGAAAAUUAGCUUCUCGGCUGGCUCUGCUCCUGGGAAGACAGGAGACUCCCGAAGCAGCCUCAGCAAUUUGUUACGUGAUGACACAGAGUUGUCCGCUGAACAGUGGCCCUUUUCUUUUUUUAUUUUUAUUUUAUUUUAUGUAUAUGAAUGCUCUAUCUGCAUGUACACCUACAUGUCAGAAGAGGGCAUCAGAUCUCAUGCGUGAGCUACAGAGUGGUUGCUUGGAAUUGAACUCAGGCCCUCUGACAGAGCAGCCAGUGCUCUUAACUACUGAGCCAUCUCUCCAGCCCUGGUGUUUUGUUGUUUUGUUUUUUAAACAGGCCCUUGUGCUGCCUGUGCUGGCCUUAACCUUCCAGCCUCAAUCACCCGCACCC